AUGGCUGACUCCGUUGCUGUCACUCCUGGGUCCUGGAUUCUUGUGACAGGUGCCAACGGGUUCGUAGCUUCCCACACUGUCAAGCAGUUUCUUGAGCGCGGAUACAAGGUUCGAGGGACAGUCAGAGACCUAGAGAAAUCCUCAUGGCUUGUUCAGGGCAUCUUCAAGUCGUAUGCCGAUAAAGGUGACCUUGAGCUUGUCGAAGUCAAGGAUCUUGCAGUCGAACAUGCUUUUGAUAGCGCUAUCAAAGGAGUAUCUGCAGUUGCUCAUAUUGCCACGAUCCUACCCCCUGAUAGCGAUCCCAACAACUCGAUCCCACUGGUUGUUUCGGGUGUGACAUCGAUUCUGGAAUCCGCCAUCAAGGAGCCAUCUGUCAAGUCCUUCGUUUACACAUCAUCCGUGGUGGCUCAAUCUUUUUGCUCCCCUGGUGACCAUACUAGAAUCGACCAGGACACAUGGAACGACAAAGCAAUCGAACUGGCUUGGGCUCCGCCGCCUUACACCCCUGACAGGGGUUUUAUCGUCUACAUGGCCAGCAAAGCAGCUGCCGAAAAGGCCCUAUGGAAGUUUGUCGACGAAAGAAAGCCACACUUCAAAGUCAACGCCGUACUCCCCUUCACCAUUAUUGGUGAGCCUCUGAACCAAAAACACGCCGAAACGCCCUACUACUUUGUCAAGGAUGUUUAUGAGGGUAAUCCUGGACCGUUAAUGCACCCGGCGAUUGUUCAUAAUGAUGUGAAAGACUGUGCUCUUCUCCACGUCGCUUCAGUGCUUGACCCUGAAGUCAAUAACGCUCGCUUGCCUGCAUGGGGGGAGUACUGUAAUUGGAACGACAUGCUAGCCAUCAUGCGCAGACUCUUUCCGGAGCGGAAGUUCAUGGACGAUCUACCUGGUUUGUCGAGGGUGGACGUUACAACAGACUACACCCAGGCCUUUGCACUUUUGGAGAAAUGGGGUGGGCAGAAAGGCUGGAAAAAAUUGGAGGAGACAAUUGUCGACAGCCUGCCUAACAUCCAGAAAUGGUAUUCUUAG